AUGUCAGUGGUAAUUCCAUCUACAAAUAAGAGUGCGUGUGAAUGUGAACGUGGAUGGAGUGAUUUAACAUGGAUAGAAUUUAUGAGAUUUAUUGGCAUUUUAAUGAUUAUGACAUAUGUAAAAUGUGCUGAUAUUUGCGAUUAUUGGUCCAUUAAACAAGAAACAGCUGGAGUUUCGCUGGCAUUUGCAAAUGAUGAUCCCUUUCAUUUUGCACGGCAGUUUCACGAUGAAUUUAACAAAAAUCUUACAAAAGCUAUCCUACCUGAUCCUUACCUUUACAUGGAUGAAUCAAUGUGCCAAUGGAUGGGCAAAGUUGAUAAAGGUCCAUUUCAACGAAAAAUACCGAGAAAGCCGCAUCUAAUUGGAUGUGAAUUCAAAGCUCUUGCAGAUGCUCAAAUUAAUUUGUUCUUAAGAUUAGACCCAGCAGAACCUUCGGAAUGUGCUAUAAAAAAAAAAUUUUUGGAUCAAUACCCAGCAACUGUUGCAUCUAUGUUAAGAUUAAAUAUCCCUAGUGAUAUUACAGAUGUACUUGGAGACACAUAUGGAUCAUUUGUUAAUCGAAUUUCCAAAAUAAAUAAUAUUGAUUUAAUUAUAUGCUCAAUUCGUGACCGCAAAGAUAUUGUACUUCUUACCAAUUGUUCUAUGACAAUGCUCAGAACAGAAGUGAAUCGAUAUAUUAAGGGUUAUGGCAAUGCAACAUUUCAUCAACCUGUUGUAUUUGACGAGUAUAAUGAAUUUAGAUCAGCUGUAGACAUACUUAAUAAUUUGC